CCUUCUCUCUAUUUCUGAGUCUUUCUGAGAAGAUUACAGGAAGUGCAAUAGGAAGUGAAGUGAAGUUGCUCUGUAUAACAAACCCGCUCAGUCGCCUUCAACGGCACAAUCUAUGAACGAAAAUCAUUAGAGGUCCGUGAAGACUGCGAGAGAGACACUGAUGGGUGCAGACCUGAUAUGAACACAGAAGAUUGCGUGUCUGAACGAGGAAGGGGUUUCUGCGAGCCACAUGUCAGUGUGGCUGGUGUGAACCAAUGUGUGUGACCUGAUUGUACAACCAUGGCAAGAGCUGCUGUGACUAAACUUCUCCUUCUGGUUUUCCUCGCAUUCAUCAUCUGCCUGCCAGAGUUAUUCAGGAUAUACUCAGUUUCAAAGGUGAAUUUCCACUGCCUUCCCCACCAACCUCAUGAACCGAUGCAUCAGGAACGGAAAGGGGGAAAUGUGCAGCCAAUAAACGGUAAAGCUGAAAGAAAGGCCAUCUGUAAUCCUACUUCUAGUCCAGAACUUGAACAGUUGAAGCAGAUCUGCGCACAAGAGGCUGAAAGAAACGCAGCAGAGCUACAUCCUGAAACGCAGAAAGUCCAAGGAGACUCAAGGUCAGACUUGUUCAUGUGUGAAACAGACAAGAACAUGGAGGAACUUCACAGCAACCUCUCAUCACCAGCUCUGGUGGUGCUUCUGGAGGUGUCCGCCGUCUUUCAAGUGGACGACGGCGAGGCCGUGAAUCGUACUUUGUAUGGCUACAGCAGUCAGAGGUCCCUGUUCCUCCGACCACCUGAAGAGGAGGAAGACCCAACGGGUGACAAGGCAAACCAGGGACAGGCUUUCUACUGCUGUCUUCCUCUCAUUCAAUCAUCCAACUCUACCAAUCAAAGCCACUGCCUCCUUUGGCUCGCCAAUCAAACUGUUUUGACAGGAAAUAAAACAGAAAGGCUGUCAUGGAAACAGGCAGAUAAAGGAUGGUGCAACUACAGGUGGGCCUUUAUGGUUCUGCUGUGUGUGGUGUGCCUGAUUGUUGUUACAACUGUGAUUACAAAGAUCUGUCUGGAGACACGCUUAAACAAUAAAAAUAUUGUGCAUCACAUUGAGUACCAGCCUCCCAAUCAGCAGCUAAAAGAAACACCGUCCCGUUUAAAUCGACAUCAGUCUUGGCCUGCAGAAACAAGGUACCAUUUGAAUCGGGUUCAGUCUUGGGCUGGACUUCCGCCCAUUCUAGAAAUUGAAAGCAGAGAGAACAUCGAAACUUUGCUGAAUGGAAAUCCCCUUAGCUGCUAUCCAGAAAACCCUUCAUCAUCGCUGCCAUCCUCCUACCUCCUCCCUCACAGAAGAACAGCCGUUCUGACAGACGUGCAACAAAAGGAGCACAGAAAUUGUCUUAAGGCACACUAAGGCAAGAAAACAAGGAAACUCCAUCACCUCAAGACACACAAUACAGCAUCAAAGAUCAGCACCGUUUAUUAUUAAAACCUCCCCAGUGAAGUUUGA